CAUACAGCCUUUGCACAUGAUGUCCUUCCUCAGCAUCGUCUCAUCGGUGUUUCUCUCCAUUGUUCUCGUUCUAAUCUUACACCGUCAAGCUCGGGCGAAGCUUCCCCCAGGCCCCCGUGCGCUUCCUUGCAUCGGUAACUUGUUUCAGAUGCCACGCCAUGAUGUAGCUCGGUCGUUCACACGAUGGAAAGACAUAUAUGGAGACAUUUUCUACUUACAUGUCCUAGGAAGAGAGUUCAUUAUAUUGAAUUCAGCCAAACAUGUUCUAGAACUAUUCGACCAACGUGGAGCCUUCUAUAGCGACAGACCCCACUUGGUCAUGGCCGGCGAUCUUGUCGGAAAGAACAAAGCAGUCCUAUUCCAUCCAUAUGGAGAGGAGCUAAAACGUCACAGGAAACUUCUACGAAAUGCUCUCGAGCCAAGACGGUGUCGCGAAUACUGGACAAUGAUCGAUACUGAGAUGCGCAAAUUGAUGGUUUCUAUGCUUGAGUGCCCAGAAGAUUUUGCAGCUCACAUACGAAGAAAUGCUGGAGCAAUAACGCUUCGCUUAGCUUAUGGUUAUCAAGUGCCGUCCGGGUCAGGCGACGAUCGCUUCAUCACUCUUGCAGAAGAGCUUGCCCGCAUUACUGGAGAAGCAACCAAACCAGGACGGUGGCUAGUUGACUCGCUUCCUUGGCUACGCUAUAUGCCUUCCUUUUUACCUGGAGCAGGAUUCAAACGGUGGGCGCAAUCUGCCCGAAAAACAAUAGAAGAAUUCUCCUUCGCACCUUACGAUUUUGCGAAAACCCGUGUCGCUAGCGGAGAAGCACUACCGUCAUUCGUGACUGAAUCCAUUGAGCUACUAACAGCGGAGACUGCGGCUCCUCUGAGUAAGGAAGAUGACGAACUUCUGAUGUGGACCGCAGCCAGUAUAUACUCCGGUGGAACAGACACCGAGGUCGCGACCGGGACGGCUUUCGUUCUUUAUAUGGCACUCUACCCUGACAUUCAGAGAAAGGCUCAGCUGGAGAUUGAUACCGUUGUCGGCAGAGAUCGGCUACCUACUAUGGAGGAUAAGCCCCACCUUCCCUACGUAGAGGCUUUGCUGAAAGAGAUCUACCGAUUCAAUCCUGUCGCUCCUUUAAUACCUCACACGACUCUCACAGAAGAUAGCUACCAAGGCUAUCGCAUUCCUAAAGGCAGUUGGAUCAUGGCAAAUACAUGGGCCUUGAUGCAUGAUCCCGACAUAUUUCCUAGCCCUCAUAGGUUUUGGCCUGAAAGGUUUUUGGGUACGGAUGAUUGUUGUUUAGCUGAUCCCAGAGAUUAUGCAUUCGGCUUUGGUCGAAGACGCUGCCCAGGAAUCACUGUGGCGGAAACGACCCUAUUUCUCAUGGUGACCUCCAUCCUGUCAAUAUUUUCUAUCUCUCCUCGCGAGGGAGAUAGGGCUCUAGAAGAACUUCGAUCUGUAAGGUUCAAGGACGGUCAUAUCUCGUGA